GCCGAGCGCCCCAGUCCCCUCGCUCCCUGGCUCGUCUUCUUCCUCGCGCGAGCGCCGCCGCCCCUCCCUCCCCAUCCGGCGCCGCCUAGCGCCCAGACCCCCUAGCUCGUCUUCCUCCUCACGGGAGCGCCGCCACCGCAGGGUGAAGGUGUGAGGUGGGAGUUUCUUCCGUUGCCGUCGAGUUUGCUGAUGUUUUCUGUAAGGCAGGAUAAGUAGUUUUGUCCAUCCUAUAGAGCUGCUCAAUGAUGGAAGGCAACAAGGUUACAGUUGAGCCAGCAGAUGGUCAGGUUAUGGUUGAGCGGGAAGACGACCAGGUUUCAGUUGAGCUGGAAGAAGACCAGGUUUUAGUCGAAACGGAUGAUGACCAGGCCUUAGUUGAGCCAGAGCAGGACCUUGCACUGCGUGAGCAAUUCCUUGUCAUCGGCCAAGAGUUUGCGAAUGUUGAUGCUUGCCGGAGAGCCAUCAAGGACAUGGCCAUUGCUUUGCAUUUCCAGCUUCGCGUCGUGAAAUCUGAUCGUAGCCGGUUCAUCGCCAAAUGCUCCUCAGAAGGCUGCCCGUGGCGUGUGCAUGUCGCCAAGUGCCACGGUGUUCCGACUUUCACAGUCCGGACAUUGCAUGGGGAGCACACAUGUGAGGGUGUUCAGGACUUGCAUCAUCAGCAGGCCACUGUUAAUUGGGUGGCUAGGUCCGUUGAGGCAAGGCUAAGAGAUAAUCCACAGAUUAAGCCAAAGGAGAUAUUGCAGGAUAUUCGGGACCAGCAUGGGGUUGCUGUUUCUUACAUGCAGGCAUGGCGCGGAAAGGAGAGAAGCAUGGCUGCUGUUCAUGGUACUCUUGAGGAUGGAUAUCGAUUUCUUCCUUCAUACUGUGAGCAGAUUGUGAAGACGAAUCCUGGUAGUGUUGCGGUAUAUAAAGGUUCUGGACCGGAGAAUUCCUUCCAGCGGCUCUUUGUUUCAUUUCGUGCAUCUAUUUAUGGUUUCUUAAAUGGGUGUAGACCCCUUUUAGAAAUUGACAAGUCAGACCUGAAGGGAAAGUAUCUUGGGACGUUGCUAUGUGCUUCAGCUGUUGAUGCUGAUCAUAUGAUGUUCCCUGUAGCAUUUGGUGUUGUUGACUCUGAGAGCGAUGAGAACUGGAUGUGGUUUGUUUCAGAACUGAGGAAGAUGCUUGGAGUUAACACAGAUAAGAUGCCUGUCUUAACAAUACUCUCAGAGAGACAAACACAAGUGGUUGAAGCUGUUGAGGUCAACUUCCCCACUGCUUUUCAUGGAUUUUGCUUGAGAUACGUGAGUGAGAAUUUCCGUGAGGAGUUCAAGAGUCCUAAACUUCUGAACCUUUUCUGGAGUGCUGUCUAUGCUCUCACAACAGCAGAAUUUGAUUCAAAGGUAAAAGAUAUGAUGCAUAUCCAAGAUGUCAUGCCAUGGUUUGAGCAUUUUCCACCAAAUCUCUGGGCAGUUGCUUACUUUGACGGUAUCCGAUAUGGCCAUUUUAAUCUCGGGAUAACCGAGAUAUUAUAUAACUGGGCCCUGGAGUGUCAUGAGCUUCCCCUUGUGCAAACUGUAGAGUACAUCAGGAACCAACUGACCUGCUGGUUCACUGAACGAGAUAAGCUGGCACUAUCCCUCAACUCAGUCCUUGUUCCAUCUGCUGAGAAACUUAUUUCUGAAGCUAUUGCUGAUUCACGAUGUUACCAAGUCCUCAGAGCAAACAAGGUGGAGUUUGAGAUCGUGUCAUCCGAGCGAACAAACAUUGUGGAUACUCAAACCAGGUUCUGCUCGUGCCGCCGGUGGCAAAUUUAUGGCAUUCCAUGUGCACAUGCUGUUGCUGCACUGCUUUCAUGUGGUGAAGAUCCUCGUCUUUAUGCACAUGAGUGCUUCAGCGUAACAAAGUAUCUGGAAACUUACUCUCAGCGGAUCCAUCCAAUUCCAGAUAGGAGCCAAUGGAGCAGUUCAUGCUCUGGGCUACGAGGCCCAGGCUACAAAUCAGACGCGAUACUUCGUCCACCCAGGAUCCGGAGGCCUCCUGGCCGUCCCAAAAUGAAGAUCCUCAAGAUGGAAAGCUUGAAACGGCCGAAACGGAUCGUUCAAUGUGGCCGAUGUCAUCUUCUUGGACAUUCUCAGAAGAAGUGUUCAUUAUGAAGCUGACACAUACUUGUAUCCAUCUUGCUUCUUUGUAUGGUCAAUAGAAUUAGUAUCUAUUAGUUUCUUACUGGCUUUUGGUUAGGUAGGCAGUUUUGUUUUACUGUUGUGCAUCUGACUACUGUCCUAGGUCUCCUUUUCUGCACAUAUAUUUAGGUUGGUUACAUGUCAUUCAAGCAGAUACAAGAAAAUUUGCUGGAUAAUUGUUUGACUGAAGAUGUUUCAAGCGAGAACUGAGUCAACUGAGUUCUUGUAAAGACCCUGACCUGACUGGUAGUGUUAGUUCAUAUGUAUAUUUAUGCCUUCUGUAAUCAGAAUUUUCUAGGAGCCUUCCCUGUUUC